GCGGGGAGGUGCGUGCGGCGCGGCGGUGUUUUGUGUUGCUGCCUUCGGGCUUCGCUCCGCGGGGACGGAUUGGGGCCCUACGGGACGGCCUGAGGAGCGGUGGCCCCGUGGAAGCCAGGCCUGGGUCGGCCUGCGGGUUCCUGAGUGCGGGCAGGCGGCUCUGCCAUGCGGAAGGGCCCUGCGGGGCUGGUGUGCAGAGCAGAGCACUGCAGGAUGCCUUUCCUGCACGGCUUCCGCAGGAUCACUCUCGAGUACCAGCCCUUGGUGGAUGAGAUCUUGGCGUUGCUGGCGCUACAGGAUGCAGAAAGGCAGAAUGCACUUGAAAGUCAUGCCUGCCUGGGCAGCAAUGGAAGCCAGCUCUCAGCAAUGAGACAAGUCUUGGAGAGGGAAGCCCACUCCCCAUUCUACCAGGAAGGUGUGAGCUAUACCCUGCUGAAGGUUACUGAGCUGGGGCUUGUCAAGGCUGCAGAAGUACUCCUGGAGUUUGGUGCAGACCUCAGCUUUGAAGACCCAGUCACGUACUACACCCCACUGCACAUUGCAGUGCUUCGCAACCAGCCUGACAUGGUGGAGCUCCUGGCACGCCACGGGGCCGACAUCAACCGCAGGGACCGGAUCCAUGAGAGCAGUCCCCUUGAUCUGGCCAGUGAGGAGCCCGAGAGGCUGCCGUGCCUCCAGCGGCUGCUUCAGCUUGGGGCCGACGUCAACGCGGCUGACAAAACUGGAAAGACAGCGUUGUUGCACGCCUUGUUGCACUGUCAUUGCAGCAGUGUUGUGGAUCUGGACGACAUCACAGAGAGCAUCCGUCUCCUGUUGGAACAAGGUGCAGAUGCCAGGGCUACCACUGAAAAUGGUGACACUGUCUUCACCUACAUCAUCUUCCUGCUGGGUGACAUAGACUUGGCAAGCACGGAGUUGGCAGAGGUGCAAAAUAGUUUCUGCAUUCGUGUCAUGCAGCUGCUCAUGGCCCAUGGUGCCAAUCCCAGUGAGUGCCCAUCCCUCGAGUCCUUGACCUACCGCUGCCUCCAGAACUUCACAUGUCACUUCCCACUGCUGCGUUUCCUGCUGGAGUCAGGUGCUGCCUACAACUGCUCCCUCCACGGUCCUUCAUGCUGGUCGGGCUUUCAGACUGUCUUUGACUGCCUCUGCUCUGACGUCAGUAUCCUCAAAGAUAGCAGCAUCUCUACAGAGGUCAUCCAAAUGGGUCAGACUCUGCUGGAACUCAUGAUGGCCAGUUCACAAACCAUCCAGCUGCCCAGCGACUUUGAGGUCGACGUUAACAGCUGCAGGUACCACGAGGAAAAGAUCAGGAGUCUGUUCUGCUCUGUGAAGCAGCUGGAGCACACCCCACAGGCACUGAAACAUCUCUGCAGGGUGUUCAUCCGGCAGCGCCUUAGGCCUUGGCCAAUAGAUGUAAAAAUCAAGGCUCUGCCUCUUCCAGACAGGCUGAAGUGGUACCUCCUCAUUGACCACACUGCCGUUGGGCAUGAGGACCUCAGCCUGACUGAUGACUCCUCAUCUCCUCGUUCUGUGGUCACAAUGCCUACUGACAGUCAGCAAAUCACUGCUCUGCGCCCGUUGUCUGUGCAGUGAGAGGUACUGCUGUCCCUGUGCCCAUGGCUUUACUAGUUCUGCCUGUGGUGUCUCUGCUGAUUUUUCAGGGGUGUACUUUUUUGUGCACAAUGCUGCAUGCACGUCUGUGGAGGUCUCGUGGCUUUAAAAUAUGUUGCAGGGAAGUGGGCAGAGCCUGGGGGUGAAGAGGGCUCCUGGGCAGUGGGGAGCUGGACACUGCAGGAGGAAUAUGGUUUAAAAGGUGGAUUCACCUUUGCAAGGUGAAAGAAUGUGGAUUUGUAAGAAAAGGGAUGAGAGCAGGAGGAUGGUGUGACUGUACAGGUCUCUGCUCUGGCUGCAGGGUGAAGCAGUGCCAAGAGUGAGUGGCAGCACAAUGAGAUGCCUCAGGAUGCUGAGAGAUGUUGCUUGUCCCAGGAACUGAGCAGCAACGUGCAGGGGAGUGCUGGCAUUCAUGUCCUCCUGUUCUGUCAGUGGAAGCAGCCACAGUCCUGCAUCUCUGCCUGGAUGUGGGUGCCUUCUUUACUCACCUGUGAUUCCAAAACCAGGAACUUGCAGGGGAUGAGGGGAAGUGGGGUUAGCAACAGCAGCCUGAAUGCUCGGUGACCUCAGAGCUUUUGCCAAGAGUGCUGAAUCCACACAGCACAGAGCACUGCCUGCAAAGGGUGCCUCAGUAAUGCUGGACUCCAAAGCAAGCAGACAAGUGGCUGUUCCUUGGCUUCCUGGUGUGUCCUUGUGCAAGGAUGAGGAAUGGGCAGCUAUCUCCUCAGUGCCUUGCUCCUCCCUGUUCCUUUUAUCUGCUCCUUUGGUGAUUGCAUGCUGAACAUUGAUCUCCAUUGCCUCUUUCCCAGGGGAAAGAAAUUGCAGCAGGGCUGCAAUGGGAGUUUUCUUGCCAAGCUGCUACUGGAAGCCCCAUCUUCUGGGGCUCUGCAGGAAGGUCCCAACCUGUCACAACCAUCUGGCUCCACCAAGGAGGCAUCUACUUCCUUGUGAAGUGCAGAAAAUGCUGUAAAGCUGAGCCCCCCAUGUUUCUGUUGUUUUUGUUUGUCAUGGAGAACAGAUGCAGAAGAGGAAGAAAUGUACUCUGAGCAGAUAUUUAUAGCAAGUGGAUCUGGGAUCCACAAGCAGUUCAUUGUAGAAGAGCUAUUUUACUACAUUGCCCCUCCUGGCAGCAUCUGUUUUUCACCUUUUCCUGCUACAUGGAAUUGGAGCUGUGCAACUUGAUGAAUCGAUGUUUUGAAAAAAAAUAAUAAUAAUGUGAUAAAAUACUUCCCUGCUGUCUGCAGUGGAAAAUGAGCAAUUAAACAAGGCCUUUUAAAUAGCAUCGGAGUGCAUGUUUCUUCUGCAGGAGAGUCAGGGUGGAAGCAAGAGCUCCAGCUGGUUGGGGAGGAAUCACAAGGGAUGGGAGGCAGCAGCUCUGUGUGGGCUCAGCCCUUGGUGAGCAGUUGUGCCAGUGUUAGCAGUUGUGGUGCAUUAGGUGGGCACAAGCCAGUGGCUGGGCAGAAAUGCUCUGGAUGUGGCAGAGGAGUGUUAAAAGCUAGGAGGCAGCUGCAGCAUUUAAGCAGGAGGUGUAGGGCCCAGGGUUAUGUCUGCCACCUGUUUUGCUGCAUGUGUAGAGAUCUGCUUUGUGGGUUUAUAGGAGGCCCUUCUCAGAGCCCCACAACCUACAGCACAGCAUAAGGCAAUGGCAGAGAUUUCUUCUGUUUGCCAUAUCUAACUUGGUGCCAAUUUCAGCCCUCGCUUCUGUAAGCCACAGUGAGUUCAUGAGUGGGACACCCAGGCAGGAAAGGUAAUCUAGCCUGCCACAGAGAUGUACCAAGCUCCUGCUCACAAGCAGGAAGCAACCUGCAGGUGCCCAAGGAGCACAUCCCUGACAGGGGGAACUCUCCUGCUCCCAGCAGUGACAGGCAUCUGCAUACAGAUCCCUGGGUGCAGCAUCAAGCCAUCUAACAGAACCUACGUGCUUAAGUCCAACAGCAGGAAAAGUGUAUUUGGCAAACACCUCUUUUCACAAACAGCAGCAACUUGGAAGACAAAGCCCCAUCCUCACCACCAGCCCCACACAGAC